AUGGCAAAGCCCUGUCUACGGUCAUCUCGUCACGCAGACAGCUUUCACAGACAAAGAUGUCUGCCUCCGUGAAGAAACCCUUUAUGGAGCUGCCCAUCUUCCCAGGCUAAGUUUUUGGUCCUGGUGUGGAUGCCAUUUUGGACCAAACGGCGAAGCUGCAGAAGGACAGAGAGACCCUGCAGUCUUUCAUGGGUCCCCCUGCCCCGCGUUACCCUACCCAGAGUACAUUGCAGUCUAGACCUCAGCUCUCUCCUGCCUUGAAAGCCUGCUUGGGCCCUCCCCCAAUCCAGCCAUACCCUGAUCAGCCACGUCAACAGGCUCCGAGUCAGCAGUGGGGCCACCACCAGCACAGGCAUGGGCAUAACAAGCAUCAUCCCUCUGCUCCGAAGAAGGACGGGCCCCCUUAGUAAUCCUGAUGGGUGUGGCCCCGGCAUCGGCCACUUCUCCCACACCUAUCGGGAAAGUGGGAAGAGCUUGUGAAGUCCCCCUUGGUGAUGGAUACAGUACUACAGGGGUAAAAACUCCAGUUCCGAUGCCGGCAAUCACCUUUCAGAGGGGAUUGGUCAACUAAAACAUCUGACCCCCUGAAAAGAGAAGCUCUCCAACUGGAGAUUGCCUCCCUGCUGAAUGCAAUCAGACAACUCGAACAAUCAGAACAGCAAAGUGGGUUCUAUGGAGUAUAUUUCCUAGUCCCCAAGAGGGAUGGUGGCUGCGCUUUGCAUUCAACGGCAUAGCGUACUAGUACCAAGUGUUAACUUUAGGCCUCUCCCUGGCACCAACAACAUUCACAAAAUGCAUGGAUGCCACACUAGAACCCCUAAUAUCACAAGGGAUGAUGGUACUAAAUUACCUAGACGAUAGGCUAAUCUGCGCUCAGUCACGAGAACAGGCAGCAGCAGACACGAUCUCUCCUGAAGCACAUCUCGGAGCUAGGACUGCAGAAAAGCCACCUGGUCCCCACACAAACUGUGACGUUCGUGGGCAUGUUGAUAGACUCGUCUAUAAUGAGGGCUCGCCUCACCGAAGUCCAGAAAAUUGUAGAUCACCUCAAUUAUUUUGUCCAAGACCAGAAGGUGACUGUUCUUCAGUGUCAGAGACUGAUGGGUCUCCUCUCCGCAGCCUCUCUCUUGACCCCAUUGGGCCUUUUUCACUUGAGACCCCUGCACAGGUGGUUCAAUGCUCAAGGUUUACAUCCCAAGGAACACAGGUAUUGUCGCCUGACUGUGUCCAAGGAAUGCACUGGCAAGAUUCCAAUCCCUGAAAUUCCUUUCAGGUGGGAUACGCCUGGGCAGAGUCUAAUCCUUUCCUACCUAAGGUCCUGACCCCAGGUCACAUGAAAAGGGAAAUGGUGCUAACAGCCUAAUCCACCUCCAUGCCCCCUGGGGCUCAGGAUGUUGAUGUAUGCUCUCUGUGUCCUGUGAGAUCCCUAAAAGUGUAUGUGGAGUGGACUCAGGCGAUCUGUCGCUCUGAUCAGCUGUUUGUGUGCUUUGGAGAUACAGGGUAAGCCUGUCUCAAAACAAUGGUUGUCACAUUGUGGCGCAGUGGUCUAAGGCACUGCAUCGCAGUGCUAACUGUGUCACUAGAGAUCCUGGUUCGAAUCCAGGCUCUGUCGCAGCCGGCCGCGACCGGGAGACUCAUGGGCUGCGCACAAUUGGCCCAGCGUCGUCCAGGGUAGGGGAGGGAAUGGCCGGCAGGGAUGUAGCUCAGUUGAUAGAGCAUGGCGUUUGCAACGCCAGGGUUGUGGGUUCGAUUCCCACAGGGGGCCAGUAUAAAAAAAAUAUAUAUAUGUAAGUCGCUCUGGAUAAGAGCGUCUGCUAAAUGACUAAAAUGUAAAUGUACAUUGCAAGCAUACAGCCUAGCUUGCCGCCCAGCCCCAUUCUCUGUGGUAGCGCACCUCCUGGGGUCUGCUUAAGGGAGUCCCCCUCUCUGACAUAUGCGCGGCUGCCAGCUGGGCGUCACCCAGUAACUUUGCAAGGUUUUACCGGGUGAAUGUGGUUGACUCUCAUGGUGUGAGCUCAGCUGUGCUUGGUGCUACCCUUCCCUGCCAACAGUAACCUGUGGUUGGGCCGGGUACUGCCUCGAGCACCUAUAGUGAAGUGUUGAUCUAGGCUGUGUCUUACAGGAUAGUCCCUCAAGCAAAAUAGAAUGAAGGUUCUAUGAGCUAGGGACUAUGCUAGUCCAGCUGUCAGUUCCUUUGUAGCCUCGGGAAGAGUCUCGAGAAGUGAUGCUACGUGCCCAGGUAUUUAUAGGGGUGGGGGCAAGUGCAUCACAACCGUGGCACAAAAUUACUCUGAUAUGAAUAUCUCCAACCCAUGUAGGCCUACCUAGUGAAGUUAGCUAACAUGAUCCCCUUUGUUUUUAAGAGUGUUUAAUUAUGAUUGCUGCUGACAGACAUGAAAUAGGCUAUAGGCUACAUUUAUUGAUGACCACGUCAAAUUGGCUAGCUAGCUAAUAACAAGUCACAUCAAUAUGGUUAGUUAACAAAUCAAAUGUAUUUGUCAGAUGCGCCGAAUACAACAGGUGUAGACCUUACCGUGAAAUGCUUACAAGCGAACUUUUAGGGGAUAAACUACAGUGAGGGAAAUAAGUAUUUGAUCCCCUGCUGAUUUUGUACGUUUGCCCACUGACAAAGAAAUGAUCAGUCUAUAAUUUUAAUGGUAGGUUUAUUUGAACAGUGAGAGACAGAAUAAUAACAAAAGAAUCCAGAAAAACACAUGUCAAAAAUGUUAUGAAUUGAUUUGCAUUUUAAUGAAGGAAAUAAGUAUUUGACCCCCUCUCAAUCAGAAAGAUUUCUGGCUACCAGGUAUCUUUUAUACAGGUAACGAGCUGAGAUUAGGAGCACACUCUUAAAGGGAGUGCUCCUAAUCUCAGCUUGUUACCUGUAUAAAAGACACCUGUCCACAGAAGCAAUCAAUCAAUCAGAUUCCAAACUCUCCACCAUGGCCAAGACCAAAGAGCUCUCCAAGGAUGUCAGGAACAAGAUUGUAGACCUACACAAGGCUGGAAUGGGCUACAAGACCAUCGCCAAGCAGCUUGGUGAGAAGGUGACAACAGUUGGUGCGAUUAUUCACAAAUGGAAGAAACACAAAAGAACUGUCAAUCUCCCUCGGCCUGGGGCUCCAUGCAAGAUCUCACCUCGUGGAGUUGCAAUGAUCAUGAAAACGGUGAGGAAUCAGCCCAGAACUACACGGGAGGAUCUUGUCAAUGAUCUCAAGGCAGCUGGGACCAUAUUCACCAAGAAAACUAUUGUUAACACACUACGCCGUGAAGGACUGAAAUCCUGCAGCGGCCGCAAGGUCCCCCUGCUCAAGAAAGCACAUAUACAGGCCCGUCUGAAGUUUGCCAAUGAACAUCUGAAUGAUUCAGAGGAGAACUGGCUGAAAGUGUUGUGGUCAGAUGAGACCAAAAUCGAGCUCUUUGGCAUCAACUCAACUCGCCGUGUUUGGAGGAGGAGGAAUGCUGCCUAUGACCCCAAGAACACCAUCCCCACCGUCAAACAUGGAGGUGGAAACAAUAUGCUUUGGGGGUGGUUUUCAGCUAAGGGACAGGACAACUUCACCGCAUCAAAGGGACGAUGGACGGGGCCAUCUACCGUCAAAUCUUGGGUGAGAACCUCCUUCCCUCAGCCAGGGCAUUUAAAAUGGGUCGUGGAUGGGUAUUCCAGCAUAACAAUGACCCAAAACACACGGUCAAGGCAACAAAGGAGUGGCUCAAGAAGAAGCAAAUUAAGGUCCUGGAGUGGCCUAGCCAGUCUCCAGACCUUAAUCCCAUAGAAAAUCUGUGGAGGGAGCUGAAGGUUCGAGUUGCCAAAUGUCAGCCUCGAAACCUUAAUGACUUGGAGAAGAUCUGCAAAGAGGAGUGGAACAAAAUCCCUCCUGAGAUGUAUGCAAUCCUGGUGGCCAACUACAAGAAACGUCUGACCUCUGUGAUUGCCAACAAGGGUUUUGCCAACAACUACAAGUCAUGUUUUGCAGAGGGGUCAAAUACUUAUUUCCCUAAUUAAAAUGCAAAUCAAUUUAUAACAUUUUUUACAUGCGUUUUUUCUGGAUUUUUUUGUUGUUAUUCUGUAUCUCACUGUUCAAAUAAACCUACCCUUAAAAUUAUAGACUGAUCAUGUCUUUGUCAGUGGGCAAACGUACAAAAUCAGCAGGGGAUCAAAUACCUUUUUCCCUCACUGUAGAUGACUAUAUCCAAAUAUUGUUUGAUUUGCUUGCCAUCUAUAGUGGUGAUUAGAGUAGUCUGACUGACGACUUUACUAUGACGAGGACUUGCCAAUAUCAAGCUCUUUCCAAAAGCCUAAUCUCUGAUGAAGCAAGCUAAAUUAUCUUGUUUGUUUAACUAGCUACAGUUGAAGUCGGAACAGUCUGCCAGUGAAAUUGGACAGUCUGAAGAAGGUUGCAUGUGCAAUGCUUUCAGCAUUUGGAUCCACAUACAGUUGAAGUCAGAAGUUUACAUAGACUCGUUUUUCAACCACUCCACAAAUGUCUUGUUAACAAACUAUAGUUUUGGCAAGUCGGUUAGGACAUCUACUUUGUGCAUUACACAAGUAAUUUUUCCAACAAUUGUUUACAGACAGAUUAUUUCACUUAUAAUUCACUGCAUCACAAUUCCAGUUGGUCAGAAGUUUACAUACACUAAAAAAAGUUGACUGUGCCUUUAAACAGUUCCAAAAAAAAUGGCUUUAGAAGCUUCUGAUAGGCUAAUUGACAUAAUUUGAGUCAAUUGGAGGUGUACCUGUGGAUGUAUUUCAAGGCCUACCUUCAAACUCUGUGCCUCUUUGCUUGACAUCAUGGGAAAAUCAAAAGAAAUCAGCCAAGAAAAAAAUGGUAGACGUCCACAUGUCUGGUUCAUUCUUGGGAGCAAUUUCCAAACGCCUGAAGGUACCACUUUCAUCUGUACAAACAAUAGUACACAAGUAUAAACACCAUGGGACCACGCAGCCGUCAUACCGCUCAGGAAGGAGACGCAUUCUGUCUCCUAGAGAUCAACGUACUUUGGUGCGAAAAGUGCAAAUCAAUCCCAGAACAACAGCAAAGGACCUUGUGAAGAUGCUGGAGGAAACACGUACAAAAGUACCUAUAUCCACAGUAAAAACGAGUCCUAUAUCGACAUAACCUGAAAUGCUGCUCAGCAAGGAAGAAGCCAUUGCUCCAAAACCGCCAAUAAAAAAGCUAGACUACGGUUUGAAGCACGGGGGUGGCAGCAUCAUGAUGUGGGGGUGCUUUGCUGCAGGAGGGACUGGUCCACUUCACAAAAUAGAUGGCAUCAUGAGGAAGGAAAAUUAUGUGGAUAUAUUGAAGCAACAUCUCAAGACAUCAGUCAGGAAGUAAAAACUUGGUCGCAAAUGGGUUUUCCAAAUGGACAAUGACCCCAAUCAUACUUCCAAAGUUGUGGAAAAAUGGCUUAAGGUCAACAAAGUCAAGGUAUUGGAGUGGCCAUCACAAAGCCCUGACUUCAUACCUAUAGAACAUUUGUGGGCAGAACUGAGAAAGGCGUGUGCGAGCAAGGAGGCCUACAAACAUGACUCAGUUACACCAGCUCUGUCAGGAGGAAUGGGCCAAAAUUCACCUAACUUGUUGUGGGAAGCUUGUGGAAGGCUACCCAAAACGUUUGACCCAAGUUAAACAAUAUAAAGGCAAUGCUACCAAAUACUAAUUGAGUGUAUGUAAACUUCUGACCCACUGGGAAUGUGAUGAAAGAAAUAAAAGCUGAAAUAAAUAAUUCUCUCUACUAUUAUUCUGACAUUUCACAUUCUUAAAAUAAAGUGGUGAUCCUAACUGACCUAAGACAGGGAAUUUUUACUAGGAUUAAAUGUCAGGAAUUGUGAAAAACUGAGUUUAAAUGUAUUUGGCUAAGGUGUACGUAAACUUCCGACUUCAACUGUACAUGCCAAAUAGUUGGUACCUUCACGUAUCUAAAAUUACAUGAUCAUUGAUAUUUAAUGAUCAUGAAAAGCAUGUAUUUACUUGCUGUAUAACUCUGAUAAUAGAGCUAAAUGUGCGCAAUUGUUUUGCAUGUAAUAAUCUGACAUUUGUGGUUUUGACUAUGCUCAAUAGUUGAUGAUAUUAAAACCAAAUAGUUAGAACAUUUAUUUAACAAUCCCUUGAAAAUGGCCAGCCUGCUCUCAUAUAUUAGCAGCCCACCAGCACAUAGUUGUCAAUGGUUUUAGCGGAGCUGGGGGUCUCCUUGCCCCCCAGCAGCCAAAUCUAACGUAUUGUGAUGUUUUAUUGAAACAACCUAUAUUCUAUGGUUCUACAUUCUAAAAGUCCAGAUUAUGCUGUUCUACAUUCUACAGUUGGAUCACUUGGAACUGAGUUUGAAUCCCAACUAGGAUGCAGAGAUGGAAAAUAUGUAAAAUUUAAUGGCCAUUUCUCACCAACUGCGUUUAGUUUUUAUCAUCCGAAUUCACACCGAUGUGUCUUUUCCCCACUUUUCACAAAAAUAUUCUCAGAACACCACAAACGCUGCUUCAGUUGCGUUGAUUCUCAGUGGCAAUAUGUUGUUCAAAGUGGCUAGAGAGUUUGCCAAACCCACAUAAAAAAAUACUACAGUGUACAAGAUGGAGGGAAUGUUGGAACAUAACUAACAAAAUUACAGUUAACGAAAAUGUACACUUAAUCCAGUAUAAACUAAUGUAUAGAAUGUAUUAUACAAGAGACACAAUUCACAAAUUCUACAGCACAUUGGCAGUCAUGUCUUAAGUGUAAAACGAACAAUGACUCAAUAAUCCAUGCCUUCUGGGAAGUCCAAAAGUUAUGGGCUGUGUUAGAAAGUUGGCUGACAGAAGUAUUACAAUGUGUAUGUGUAUGUUUUGCAUUGUUACAAAAGUAUUCAUUCGGAAAGUAUUCAGACCCCUUGACUUUUUCCACAUUCUGUUACAUUACAGCCAUAUUCUAAAAUUGAUUAAAUUGUUUUUUCCCCUCAUCAACCUACACACAAUACCCUAUAAUGACAAAGCAAAAACAGGUUUUUAGAAAUGUUUGCAAAUAUAUUUUAAAAAAAUAAAAAAACUGAAAUAUCACAUUUACAUACAUAUCCAGACCCUUUACUCAGUACUUUGUUGAAGCACCUUUGGCAGCGAUUACAGCCUCAAGUCUUCUUGGGUAUGACGCUAUAAGCCUGGCACACCUGUAUUUGGGGAAUUUCUCCCAUUCUUCUGUGCAGAUCCUCUCAAGCGCCGUCAGGUUGGAUGGGGAGCAUUGCUGCACAGCUAUUUUCAGGUCUCUCCAGAGAUGUUCGAUCGGGUUCAAGUCCGGGCUCUGGCUGGGCCACUCAAGGACAUUCAGAGACUUGUCCCGAAGCCACUCCUGCGUUGUCUUGGCUGUGUGCUUAGGGUUGUUGUCCUGUUGGAAGGUUGGAAAGUAUUCAGACUCCUUGACGUUUUCCACAUUUUGUUACGUUACGCCCUUAUUCUAAAAUUGAUUAUAUUGGUCAGGGAGGUGAACAAGAACCUGAUAGUCACUCUGACAGAGCUCCAGAGUAAAAAAAAAAAAAUGUUUUCACUUUGUCAUUAUGGGGUAUUGUGUGUAGAUUGAUGAGGAAAAUGUUUUAUUUAAUCAUUUUUAGAAUAAGUCUGUAACGUAACAAAAUGUGGAAAAAGUCAAGGGGUCUGAAUACUUUCCGAAUGCACGGGCUAUACAAUUUGGAAAGGCACACACCUGUCUAUAUAAGGUCCCACAGCUGAACCAAGCCAUGAGAUCGAAGGAAUUGUCCAUAGAGCUCCGAGACAGGAUUGUGUCGAAGCACAGAUCUAGGGAAGGGUACCAUAACAUUUCUACAGCAUUGAAGGUCCCCAAGAACCCCUUGGCCUCCAUCAUUCUUAAAUAGAAGAUGUUUGGAACCACCAAGACUCUUCCUAGAGCUGGCCGCCCAGCCAAACUGAGCUAUUGGGGGAGAAAGGCCUUAGUCAGGGAGGUGACCAAGAACCCGAUGGUCACUCUGACAGAGCUCCAAAGUUCCUCUGUGGAGAUGGAGAACCUUCCAGAAGGGCAACCAUCUCUGCAGCACUGCACCAAUCAGGCCUUUAUGGUAAAGUGGGCAGAUGGAAGCCACUCCUAAGUAAAACGUACAUGACAGCCCGCUUGGAGUUUGCCAAAAGGCACCAAAAGGACUAAAACCAUGAGAAACAAGAUUCUCUGGUCUGAUGAAACCUGGCAUCAUCCCUACGAUGAAGCAUGGUGGUGGCAGCAUCAUGCAGUGGGGAUGUUUUUCAGUGGCAGGGACUGGGAGACUUGUCAGGAUCGAGGGAAAGAUGAACAGAGUAAAGUACAGAGAGAUUCUUGAUGAAAUCCUGCUCCAGAGCUCUCAGGAACUCAGACUGGGGCGAAGGUUCACCUUCAAACAGGACAACAACACUAAGCACACAGCCAAGACAACGCAGGAGUGGCUUCGGGACAAGUCUCUGAAUGUCCUUGAGUGGCUCAGCCAGAGCCUGGACUUGAAACCGAUCGAACAUCUCUGGAGAGACCUGAAAAUAGCUGUGCAGCGUUGCUCCACAUCCAACCUGACAGAGAAGAAUGGGAGAAACUCCACAAAUACAGCUGUGCCAAGCUUGUAGCGUCAUACCCAAGAAGACUUGAGGCUGUAAUCGCUGCCAAAGGUGCUUCAACAAAGUACUGAGUAAAGGGUCUGAAUAGUUACGUAAAUGUGAUAUUUCAGUUUAUUUUAUUUUAUACAUUUACAAAAAAAAAAUGCUUUGUCAUUAUGGGGUAUUCUGUGCAGAUUAAUGAGGUAAAAAAGCAAUUUCAUCAAUUUUAGAAUAAGGCUGUAACAUAAUAAAAUGUGGAAAAUGUCAAGGGGUCUGAAUACUUUCCGAAUGCACUGUAUAGGCCAGCAUACAAAUUGAUUAAUAUAGGCCUAUAUAUUAGUUUCUAAUUUACACAUCUCUCUUUCUUCUUGGUUUCCUUCUUGUGCAAUUCACAAAUCUCAGCUGGCAUCAGUGACUGUAUAUGAAUGGACAAAGCCAUUGAUCACAUGACACCAUUCAUUCCUAUAUGAAGACUCAAUAGCGCAUUGAAGCCAAAUGAAGUCAGUUAAGAUGGUGUCUCAUGUUGACAUAGCCAAAGAUUAUUUAUUAUAUUUCAAGAUAGCAGAGUGACCGCUCUAACAAUGGAAAUACAUUUUCUCAAAGGUUGAAGGCAGGAGAGAUCAGGUGGGACUAUUCUAGCCAAUGAGAGGGCAGAUAUGCGUGAACAACAGGCACAACUAAGUCAUUUUUCUCAAAGUUGCCGGAAUGCUAUGCAUCCACUUAUAUCAGUACAUUUGAAACAGCCUAAACAUUACGAAACUUCUAUUAGAUCAAAUAAGCCUCACGUAAUUCGACACGCUCUCAUAGACCUCCAUACAUUCACAGUUUGAGCUACUCCAGGAAGUGACAUUGUAGGCUGACCGGGGUACUGCAGGCUGCUAUUAGCAACUGAAUUAUCCUUGUAACUUCUUCUGUGUGCGAUUUUAAAAUAAUCGGUUCAAGGACAUACUGUAUAUCUGGUGUAUUAGAAGCAAUUAUUGGUACCAUAAUUGUCUUAGAUUUUGUUGUUGUUUACACAAAGAUUGACCACACAGAUUGCCAUUUUUCCAUUCCACUAUAAUGGGGGAUUCUGUUUUCUGCUAACACUGCCUGCAGUACCGCGGUCGGCCUUGAACUUCCGUGGCUUCAAUGAGAGGGGGCAGUUGUUCUCCACUGGCUGGCAUUUCCACUGGGCUCUCUCUCUUCCCUCUCUCUUCCUCUUUAUACAGCUCUUGAACAAGUAACCUAGAACAAUGUGAGUCCCAGGAAUAGCAAUAUAGUUUGGUCAAGCAAUAUAGUUUGGUCACAUGUUGAGAAUUUCUUUAAAACUAAUAUAGGCCUGUUUGAGGAGAGGAGUAGGUGACCUUGCUCUGGCUUGCUGAAUAUAAAAUAGGCUACAGUGUUGGCAAUGAGCUGGCGGGGAAGUUUGAAUGGCAAGAGUGUGGUGUGAUCACAUUGGCUAGUGGUGAUGAAUUGAUAGGCUACAUUGCACUGACGCAUUGCAAACAUACUAAACAGGCAGAGAGAAACAGAUUCAUACAUUCAAACAAUGAACCUGUCAGUGUGCAGCCUGUCAGUGGCAGAACAAGUGUCCCCGAGAACACUUUCUAUUGGUCAACAGCCUAUUUUCGCAUGCAAAACCCCCACAUAAAUCAAACUUGUUCCGAAUAAAUAUUUGACGGAUUGCGGCAGGAUGAUAUUUCGCAAUUGGUGUGAAAGUCAUAUGAUGCAAAACUCGUCAUACCGGCUGUAUUUCUGCUUAAACGGUGAACACCUCAGAUACACAUCAAAACAUGAAAUGACCCUGGGAAUAGAUAGAACAUCACUCAGAGAUGCACAAAAAUAAUAUAACAUUCAAAAUGGGUGAAUCUUUCCUUUAAGAGUGAAGAAAAAAUACAUUACCAAAUCAACCAAUAACAGAUAUGAGUGUACGUGCGUGUGUGUGUGCAUGGUGUUAUUUUAUGAAUGAGCUCUCCAGCUUUGUACAGCAGAUGCAGAUGUGUAUCUAUGCUUAUUCACUCUCUAAAUAGCUAAGUGAGAUAGUCAUCUGUAUUGGUUGACACACUUCACUGCAAUGAGGAUACAGAGAUAAAUAUAUCCCACAUUCCCUCUUUGGUGUGGAAUUGUAAUACACAACUGAAUAUUGAGAGGAAAGACCUGAACUUCUCUUCUCUCAAUAACCAAUGGCUGUACACACACCCGAUCUACCUUACACCUGUGUGUUUUCCAUUUUGUACUGUAUGUUAAAGGCCCAGUGCAGUCAAAAACGUGAUUUUCCUGUGUUUUAUAUAUAUUUCCACACUAUGAGAUUGGAAUAGUACUGUGAAAUUGGGAAUAUUAUGAUAAUGCCCUUUUAGUGCAAGAACUGUUUGAAAAAAACGCCUGAAAUUUCAGCCAGUUUUGGUGGGAUGGAGUUUUGGCCUGCCUGGUGACAUCUCUGGAAAUAACAGCAGAUUUUCUGUUUUCCCCUUCCCCACUCAGACCACUCCCAGACAGUCCUAGCAAAAUUCUUGUUUGAGAAAUUGUUCUUUGCUAAGAAACUAUCUUUGUUUAUUUUUUUACCAUAAAAACAGCUGCAUUGGACCUUUACAUUUCAGUUAACCUACUGAAUUUAUUGAAUUGAAAUGGACUUGACCCCAAUCCUGAGUGCUGUCUUUAUAGUGUCCUUUACUCAAAACAAUCCAGUAAGAAUCAACUGCUUAGUGGUUGAAAACGGUUGGACAGAAACAAUCCUUUACUAACAAUGCACUGUAUAGGAACUAGUUGGUUACAGGAAAUGGCCUGGGGAAAAUGGUCUGAUCCUGUAAAGAGAAGUGCUCUGUACUGUAUUCUGUUUUGGGUGAAAGGAGUUAGUUUUUUUGCUGCUGGAAGUACAGUAGAGAUGGAAUUUUGCUUUCUACCCAACGGUGCCUAAUGCACUACUGUAUCCACCUAAAUCUUCCACUUGGAUGCACACACACACACACACACACACACACACACACACACACACACACACACACACACACACACACACACACACACACACACACACACACACACGGCAGUGUGCUUCAGCUUUCAUCUCUCACCUCCAUUAUUAAACAUCUCUAUCCACAUGAGUGUUACAUCACCCAAUCACAGAGUCUAUCCACAUGAGUGUUUCAUCACCCAAUCACAUAGUUCUCUCUCCCUCAAUUUUUCCUCUUUCUCUAUAUCUCCAUAACUGUCUUUCGCUUGCUCUCUCUCACUGCCUCUCUUUUUUCUCUCCCCUCCUUCCCUGAUGCAUCCGCCCUAUCCACUACUUAUCUUCCUCUCUAACUAUCGCUUUUGUCUCCUGCCUCCUCUCUCUCUUUAUCUCUUUAUCUCUCUCUCUCUCUCUCUCUCUCUCUCUCUCUCUCUCUCUCUCUCUCUCUCUCUCUCUCUCUCUCUCUCUCUCUCUCUAUCUCUCUCUCUAUCUCUCUAUCUCUCUCUCUCAAACUCUCCACCUCUCACCCCUCCUCAAUAUUUAAUUCAAUUCGCAUGAAAUACAUUUAAAUAUGUUUUUGAUACUAGAUGAAUGACACGGACUCUCUCUCUGUCUGUCUCCAGGCGAACCUGAAGAAGUUUAUGGAGUAUGUUCAGCAGAGGAACAUUGAGAAGGUGUCCAGGUUCCUGGAGAAAGGUCUGGACCCCAACUUCCAUGACCCUGAAUCGGGAGGUGAGGAGCAUGUUGCAUCUCAUUUAUAACUGUUACGUACAUUUUACACUAAAUAUCAACCAUGCGCCAUUCCUCAAAAUAAUACAUGUCAUUUUUGUUAUACAUACAUUUGGCGCGGGCCCCCAUUUUCCCAUUAUAAACCUGUCAUAAAACUGUGCACACGUGAACGAGCAUUAUAACUCCGCCUGGAAAACGCCCUCCAUUCACCUUUUAUGGUGACAAUAACACCCUUUAUAAUUUGGAACUAUUGGAAUUAGGCCACGGCAGUUUCUAAAAGAAAGAGCAAUGGCAAAUUUGAUCAAAUUUUUUGUAGAGGUGUGGGCAGAAUGUUUUUAUAUUUUGCAGUGACUUUUUCAAACUAAACAUGCAUGUUGCCUAUAGCGAGUGCCUGUCCGCGCAUUCUGCAAGAUUGAUUGUAGCCUAUAUUCAAAACAAUUUAAAAGUAGGCUAAAUGCUACAGACCACACUUCUAUGCAAAAGACAAAUUGUUGUUCAAUAUUUAGUUUAUCAAUAUAUUUUUGUGUUUUUUUGUCCUGCUGGUAUAGGCUCUGAGAUUAGGCUAAAUAUGCUAUGAUGUUGCGCUCCUAUAUUGCACCGCAAUACUGUAGCCGGCCCAUAUUGUCAAAUAUUUUACAUAAGCUGCCGGUCUAUUGACUGUGUUGGCAGAAUGUUUGAAUCUUUUGCAGUAUUUUAUGCUGUAUCUGGAAAAGGACUGUGACAGUUUCUGGAAGAGAAAACAAUGAUAUAUUGUUGUGGAUCUGUCAGCAGAACAUUUGAAUUCAACUACCCGUGAAUUCUGAAACGUUGUUUGGCUUUUUGAAAUUACAAUAGGCUACAUACAGUAGUAGCAUACAUACUAAAAGUAAAAGAUCAACUGAUGUUCAAGUUAAAUUCGACUGUAGGCUAAAAACCGUGCUGCCUAUGGGAUCGCGUACAGCAAAACUUUAAAUACAUAGCCUAUCUAUUUACUUUGCUACUAUAGUUCCUAUUAAAUGAGUGAUGCGCAUGGUAAUUUGUUGUAUGGCUACUUCUGGAAUAUGAACCCAUCACGGCUAGAAAAGAUUAGGAAUUUAAUUCUACAAUGAUUAUGAAAAGAAAUAAGAAAUUAUUCCAAAAAUAAAACAAACAGAUUUACACUCUUCUCUGAAUCUUGUUGUUAUGUUUUUAUGAAUAAGCUUCUCAUCAUAUCCACCAUUUGCAAAAAAACGUACUUGCAAUACAACACUCCCUAGAAAAUGUGCAUACGCACGGUCUAAAGUUUGCGUGGAUGAAAGGAAAUUCUCAAGGCAAUUUCAGUUUUUAUAAAUGACACAUUUUGCGGGAACACUGAGGCACGCAUAUUUUGGGGUGUAUUUUGUAAGUACGCAAGAUUUAAAAAUGAGGCAGGACGCAGACGCAGGAAUUAACAAGGUAAAGGUUUACUUAAUAAUGAGAAAGAGAAUAACAAAGAGAGAGUAAGCGACACGACGCUAACAAUUACACACAACAAUGAACUAACAGUCCAGGGCCAUAUAGUGGUGGUGAUGAGAUGAUGAGGUGCAGGUGCGCUGGAGGUGAUUAGGGUGCGUUGGGUUUCCCUUCCUGUGUUUGCCGAGGUGGUGCGCUCAGACCGGUGGCUCAGUAGACCGGCGAAUCAGAGCGCCGGAGGGGAGCAACGGGAAGAGACGUGACAGUACCCCACCCCCGGACGCGCGGUUCCGGCCGCAGGACGUCACCAGCCAGGAGGACGAUGACGAGAAGCGGGCCGGUCAGGGCGGCGACGGUGGAAGUCCCGAAUUAGGUUGGGGUCCAGAAUGUCCCCAGCCGGAACCCAGCCCCUCUCCUCAGGGCCAUACCCCUCCCAGUCCAUCAGGUAAAGGAGCCGUCCCCCAUGGAACCUUGAGUCCAGCAGAUCCCUCACAGCAUAUGCCGGACUCCCGUCAAUGUCCAGGGGCGGAGGGGGCAUACCCCGGGGGACGGCAUCCGCCAGAGGACCUGGAACCACCAGCCUGAGGAGAGACACAUGAAAAAUAGGUGAGACACUGUAGUGAAUGGGGAAGGAGCAGACGGUACGACACCUCAUUAAUCCGCCGUAGGACCUUAAACGGCCCCACAAACCGGGGGCUCAGAUUAUUACAGGACAGGCUGAGAGGGAGGUUUCGAGUGGACAGCCAGACGCAAUCACCAGGCUGGAAUACGGGAGCCUCACUGCGGUGGCGGUCAGCUUGGUCCUUCUGCCGACGAAUGGCCCUCUGGAGACAGACAUGGGUGGCAUCCCAGACAUUUCCGGUCCUGUGGAACCACUCGUCGACAGCGGGCGCAUCGGUCUGGCUAGGUGUCCAAGGGGCCAGGGCCGGCUGGUACCCCAGGAUGCAUUAGAAUGGAGUGAGCCCCGUGGAGGAGUGAACAAGGAAGUUCUGGGCAUAUUCUGCCCAGGGAAGAAAACUCGCCCACUCACCCUGCCGGUCCUGACAGUAGCAAUGAAGAAACCUCCCCAGCUCCUGGUUCAUGCGCUCCACCUGCCCAUUAGUCCUAUACCCGGAAGUGAGGCUGGCCGUGGCCCCAAUCCUCUCCAGGAAAGCUUUCCACACUCGGGAGGUGAAUUGGGGGCCACGGUCCGAGACGAUGUCCUCCGUCGGAAGACCUGUUGGAACAGGACCUCAGCGACCUGGAGAGCAGAAGGAAGACCAGUUAGUGGCAAAAACGACAUGAUUUUGAGAACCGAUCUACGACCACCAUGACUGUGGUGAAGCUGUCAGAACGUGGGUGGUCGGUGACAAAGUCGAUGGACAGAUGUGACCAAGCUCGCUGAGUCACUGAUAGAGGAACUAGUUUGCCUGCCGGGGCGUUCCGAGGUGUUUUCGUUUGGGCACAUACGGAACAGGAGUUGACAUAGCGAGAGACAUCAGAAGCCAAGGUGGCCCACCAGUAUUUUUGUGCUAGAGAAUGCAGGGUGCGCGUAAUAACAGAGUGCCCUGCCGUAAGGGUGGUGUGCGCCCAGAUCAGCAGGCGGUCACGGACACUGGUGGGUACAUACACGCACCUCGGAGGGGCGUUGGCAGGCGCUGGGUCCUCCUGAGCCGCCAGGCGGAUGUCUUCGUCCACAUCCCAAACGACAGGUACAGCGAUGAGACGAGGGCAGGAUAGGACCCCCCAGAUCCUUCCUCUCUCCGGUAUGGUGCAUCCUGGAGAGUGUGACGGCUUUCACAUUCUAGGAUCCUGGGCGGUAGGACAGAAUGAAUUGAAAGCGAGUAAGAAAUUGGGCCCACCUGGCUUGACGAGAGUUCAUCCGUUUCGCUGCCCGUAUGUGCUCCAAAUUCCGGUGGUCAGUAAGAAUCCGGAAUGGAUGGACUGCGCCCUCCAGCCAGUGUCCAUUGUUCCUCUCUGCGGGGGUAAGCUUUUUAGAGCAAAAUGCACAGGGAUACAUUUUCUCUGGCUUACCGUGCCGCUGGGAGAGGAUCGCACCCACGCCCUCCUCCGAUGCGUCCACCUCCAGGAUGAAAGGACGAGAUAGAUGUGGGUGUUUUAGGAUGGCCGCUGUGGUGAACCUCUCCUUCAGCCUCUUGAAGGCAGCGUCAGCCUCAGGGUUGCAGGCCCACCCUUAAGGAGAGAGGUGAGCGGGGCGGCUAUGGAGCUGAAGGACCUGAUGAAACGCCAGUAGAAAUUGGCGAAACCCAGGAAGCUCUGAAGGCCCUUGAUGGUGGUGGGGACUGGCCAUGACCUGAUGGCAUCCGUCGUCUCUCUUUCCAUGAACACCCCGAGGACUGAUCCUGUAUCCCAGGAAGGAGAUGGCCUGUUCGUGGAAUUUGCAUUUCUCCCCCUUUACCAACAGGCUGUGUUCCUGGAGGCAGAGUAGGACAGCUCGGACAUCCCUGACGUGCUCCUUGAACGUAGCCGAGUAGAUCAGGAUAUCGUCGAUGUACACCACCACCUGUCUACUCAGCAUGUCUCAGAACACGUCAUUGACGAAGGACUGGAACACAGAAGGUGCGUUGGCGAGGCCGUAGGGUAAUGACGCAGUAUUCGUAGUGGCCUGAGGUAGUGCUGAAUGCCGUCUUCCACGUGUCUCCUUCCCGGAUUCGGAUCCGGUUGUAGGCACUCCUCAGGUCCAACUUGGUAAAGUACCAGGCCCCUCGUAGCUGCUCGAUGGCCAACGGAACCAGAGGGAGGGGGUACCGGUACUUGGGGUUGACUGCGUUCAGCCCCCUGUAGUCAAUGCAUGGUCUCAGUCCGCUGUUGUUUUUGGCCACAAAGGAGAAGCUGGCGGAGGCAGGAGAGGUAGAGCAUCUGAUGAACCCCUGGUUCUGGGUCUCCGCCACAUACUUCUCCAUAGCCUCAGUCUCCGCCAUGGAAAGGGGGUAAAUGCGACUCUUCGGGGAUAAUGUCCCUCCAGCAGGUCAAUGGGACGUGACACCCUGGAAAUGAUGGAAUCAAAGACACCUGCAAAGUUAAUUUAGAUCAAACAAAACAUGAAUAGAAAUGAUUGAUUAGAUGCAAAAAACGUCCCUGCAAAUGUCAAGGACGGAAGGGGGCAUGACUUUAAAAAUGACAGUGAUAACUCAUUUGUCUCUGCUAGUGUUAAAGAGGGGGAGAGAUAGAGACAUACAGACAUACAGAGAUAUUAUACAGACAUACCACUACAGAGACAGACAGACAGACAGACAGACAGACAGACAGACAGACAGACAGACAGACAGACAGACAGACAGACAGACAGACAGACAGACAGACAGACAGACAGACAGACAGACUGACUGACUGACUGACUGAUGGAUACAGAAACAGACAGACAGACAGACAGACAGACAGACAGACAGACAGACAGACAGACAGACAGACAGACAGACAGACAGACAGACAGACAGACAGACAGACAGACAGAUACAGAGAUGGAGGUAGACACUUAGACGGACAGAUAGAGGUAGAUAACAAGCUCGGCUGUGAUUAUUCUGGUUGGCUGCCUGCUGAGCGAUUUCCGUCCAGCCGUUUCUGCACCAUACCAAUGCGUGCUAGGGUAAAGCUGGAUUAUUUUUCAUGCUAAUCUCCUCAUGUUUAUGCAAAUGUUUGUACAGCCAUUUGUUGAGAGCCUCCAGUGGGGUGACCUCUGAGAGAGAGAGAGAGACAGAGAGAGAGAGAGACAGACAGACAGAGAGCGAGAGAGAGAGAGAGAGAACAAACAAAUGGAAAAUAAAUUACAAUAUAAUUUUGUUAAUUUUGUUUGAAAUGCUAGGUUCGUUGUCUGUGUGUGCACGUGUUUGUGAAUAUACUAAACCAGAGUUUCCCAAACUCGGUCCUCGGGACCCCAAGGGAAGCACGUUUUGGUUUUUGCCCUAACAAUACACAGCUUAUUCAAAUGAUCUUAUCUGUCUCUGUCUGGUUUUGAUAAACACCAACUCCAUCAUGUUUAUCACACAAAGUAAUUUCACUGACAAGGCCCUCAAAGGCACGGAAUUUGUCUUCUUAAAUGAAUCACUUGAAAGGCACGAGAGUGGAUUCAUCUGGAAAUGGAACUAGACUUUUUUUCCCCUUCCUUUAUCACUCUAAUCAGAGACAUUUAAAGGGGAAGGCCUUCUUAAUAAAAUGUUUCGAUUUAUUUGUAUACAAACAAUUGACUACUCAAGCACAGAAUAAGGAUUCUAUAGUCAUUGUUAUUCUUUAUGUUUGUUUAACCCUUAUAUUACAAGUUAACACCCUACAGUCGAUGUCCGCGCCCCUGCAAAAUCUAUUUAGCAUUAAAAAAGAAAUCCCCAUAAAAAUCUGUCAGUUAAAGUAGAGAUUGCAUUGGAAGAUCUAGUUGCAUUGGAAGAGUCUCAAUCCACCGCAUCCGCCUAUGUCGCACUUCCGCAUCUAUGGUGACAGGUGACAGAGCUAGAGCGGUGUUUGUCAGACCAUGAGGUCCCCCGGUACCAGUUGAAAAACUUAAUGGAAGUAUAUAUGGAGACUGUUCAGUGCCAAAAAUAAGGGGUUAAAUACAUGCAUAAAAGAAAUAUAUAUAUAUAAUAUUAAUAAUAUUUCCUGAUCUUUCUUAUAUCUCUCAGAUAUAGGACAGACACUUCAGAACAAACUUCCUUUUGAUUUAUUUUAGGGGACUAUCUGUUAUUCCAUGUAGUCAAUCUGUUAUUCAAUGUGUUUGUAUGGGCUAAUAGCAGUAAGGCCAAAAAUAUGCCAAAUAUUUUGUUUCUAUAUUUUUUUGAUACUUCAAGGGGUCGUAAAAUUCAAAAUCAAAAAGCAAAAUUAUCCUUGGUAUCACCUUUUUAAAACAAUUCCUUAUACACUACAUGAUCAAAAGUAUGUGGACACCUCACCAACAUCUCAUUCCAAAAUCAUGGGCAUUAAUAUGGAGUUGGUCCCCCUUUUGCGGCUAUAACAGCCUCCACUCUUCUGGGAAGGCUUUCCACUAGAUGUUGGAACAGUGCUGAGAGGACUUGGUUCCAUUCAGCCACAAGAGCACUAGUGAGGUUGGGCACUGAUUUUGGGCGAUUAGGCCUGGCUCUCAGUCGGUGUUCCAAUUCAUCCCAAAGGUGUUCGAUGGGGUUGAGGUCAGGACUCUGUGCAGGCCAGUCAAGUUCAUCCACACCAAUCAUUACAAACCAUUUCUGUAUGGACCUCGCUUUGUGCACGGGGGCAUUGUCAUGCUGAAACAGGAAAGGGCCUUCCCCAAGCUGUUGCCACAAAGUUGGAAGCACAGAAUCGUCUAGAAUAUCAUUGUAUGCUGUAGCGUUAAGAUUUCCCAUCACUGGAACUAAGGGGCCUAGCCCGAACCAUGAAAAACAGCCCCAGACCAUUAUUCCUCCUCCACCAAACUUUACAGUUGGCACUAUGCAUUCGGGCAGGUAGCGUUCUCCUGGCAUCCACCAAACCCAGAUUCGUCCGUCGGACUGCCAGAUGGUGAAGCGUGAUCCAUCACGGCUGAGUUGUUGUUGCUCCUAGACGUUUCUACUUCCCAAUAACAGCACUCACAGUUGACUGGGGCAUCUCUAGCAGGGCAGAAAUUUGACGGUGCCACGUUGAAAACAAUCUAAUGCCAAUGUUUGUCAAUGGAGAUUGCAUGGCUGUGUGCUUGAUUUUAUACACCUUUCAGCAACGGGUGUGGCUGAAUAACCGAAUCCACUAAUUUGAAGGGGUGCCCACAUAUUUUUGUAUAUAUAGUGUAGACUUUCAUGGGUUAAAUUGACUAAGAAAACAUUCUCCAUUACAGCAUUGAUCUGGGGAAGAGUAGCAGGGGAGAUGAGAAGGGAUGAAUAAGCCAGUUGGAAACUAGGGAUGAUUAGGUGGCCAUAAUAUAAUGAUUGCCAGAUUGAAUACUGGGGUUAACACCUCUACUCUGAUAGUUUCAUGUGAUAUGGGAUAUUCAGGGCCUUCAUUUGAAGGAUGGAGGAAAGCACCAAAUAGAUAUUUCUUCAUCAACUGGCAUGAGAUGGACAGCAUUACUAAUGAGAAUAUGAUGAGAUUAAAAACAUGAUUCCAAUCUAAUCUAAUCUAAUCUGAGGUCAUCCAUAGGGUGGGAGGGCCAAUGUAUGUGCAUUUACACUCCACUGCAUUCCUCUACCACACUACAAAGUCAACUCUAAUGCAGAAGAGAUGCUUCUGUCUCAGUACCAUCCACAGUGUACACUGGAAAGCUGUCCUGUUGUAUAUUAAACAUGGUUCCUCUCUGCCCCUGUGUGCUGUAGAAUGUCCUCUGACCAUGGCGUCUCAGCUGGAGGGCUGUGCAGAGCUCAUCAAGGUGCUGAAGAGUGGAGGAGCUCACCUGGACUUCAGGACCCAAGACGGCAUCACUGCCCUGCACAAGGCUGUCCGCACCAAGAACCAUACAGCGCUCAUAGUGAGUACACACGCGUGCACACACACACACACACACACACACACACACACACACACACACACACACACACACACACACACACAUGCAUAGGCAUGUUCUCAGUGAAUGGAUGUGUGUCAUUACUGAUGGCUCUGAUAUGACUCAUAUAAUUGUUCUCAUCUUGAGAGCUAUAGCUGUAGUGGAGAGAAGCCCAUCAUCUUAAUGGACCAUGACCCUCUUCUUGAUCUACAUGAGUGCGGCAGCCAAUUAGAGAAAAUGUAGACCAGACAAAGGAAAUAUAGUGUUUUCAUACAUGGGUUUUAAUAGGUUCUGUAGGGCUUGUCUCUGUGAGUGUGUGCAUUUGAUGUGUGUGUAUUCUCUAACUCUUUCUCUCACUUUCUCCUCUUUUCUCUCACUUUCUCUCUCUCCUCUUUUCUCUCUCUCCUCUUUUCUCUCUCUCUCUCUCUGUCAGACGUUGCUGGACCUGGGUGCGUCUCCUGACUAUAAAGACAGUCGAGGGUUAAGUCCGCUCUAUCACAGCUCUAUGGUAGGAGGAGACCCCUACUGCUGUGAACUACUGCUCCACGACCACGCUCAGGUGGGCUGUGUGGACGAGAACGGCUGGCAGGAGAUACACCAGGUAAACACACACACAUACAUACAGAGAGCGACUGCUCUUCCCAGACACGGACACUACUGUAGAUUGAGACUGUGAAAUUGUGAUGAAACCUUCCCGUUGGUUUUAUGAGGAAGAAAAUGUAAGGGAAGAGCAAAUAGGGAGACAUACAAUAUUAAUUUCCUAAUUUGAUGGGGCACAAAAGCACUGUAGACUUCAUAAGGUUUUCUAUGGAGGGAAUGGAAGCAGCACUACAAGGCUUGAUAAAACCCUGCCAUUAUAUAAACCUUAAAGGACUGUAGCACUAGAACUGUCAACAGUACUGUGUCCACAGUGUUCCAAUGUUCCCACUGCUCUCUCUUCUCUUCUCCUCUCCUCUUCACACCAGCAUGUCUGGGGACCUCCAUGGUUACCCCUCCCGCCUGCCUUGUUCUCCCCCACCACUAGCCUCUGUUUCUGGGGUAUCAUGGUGCCGUCUAAACCUCUGAACCUACCACAUCUGUCCAAACACAGUCACCACACAAUUCAAUGCAGGGUUAGUCUGGAGGCUUGGAGACCUACAGUAUAAUCAGGCUAAACUGACAGGCUGUUGGUGAGAGAAUGAAAGAGAGAGAUGAGAAUGGAGUGUGAGAGAAAGGAACUCUUACCCAGUUUGAAUUGGGGGGAGAGGAAGCUGACACUAAAUCUGGGCCUACAGGCCAGCUUUCCAGAGCCCUCAAUUACUAUACUCUAAUAAGUUACCUUCCCUCUGUUAGUAUUUAUUGUGUGUGUGUGUGUGUGUGUGUGUGUGAGAAUAUUAGGAAAAACAAUUGAAGAGGGAUAAUUAACAAUUCCAACAUAAUGUGUGCUGCUGUAACACACAGAUAAGACAAAACAAAAGAGAGAGGGAACAAUUAUUAUAGUGCAUGUGUGGGCGAGAGAAACAGAGAAGAGAACAGAAAGAGAAAUGGGUUGUAUCCAAUAUCACACAAUUUAUGAUACCUCAAUCACCCAAACUAGCAUCCAUGUGGCUCUAAGGUGGCCAUCUUGUUUGUCUCCCCAUAAAGGCGUGUCGUCAUGGUCACGUUCAGCACUUGGAGCACCUGCUGUUUUACGGAGCUGACAUGGCCGCCCAGAACGCCUCUGGAAACACCGCCCUGCACGUCUGUGCCCUCUACAACCAGGUAACACACUGUAUGGUGUGUGUUGUGUGUGCAAGUGUGUGCGUCAGAUAAGUAGUGGUGAGUAAGCGGUGGUUUAGAGGGGUUCGACAAAUGUCUGUGUGUGUUACAGCUGCCUUUUAAAUGUUGCUAUCACUUACCUGGUCAAUAUGUCAAUUCAGGAAGUGUAUUGGUUCUAGUAGGCUGCUGAGUGGACGGACUGUCAGAUUCAAUGGAGACAAUGUAAGAGUCAUAUUGAUAGUAGCGAGCGAUUUAGAGAUGAGAUAGGAUCCAGUGAGAGACUGAGACAUUGAGUGCUGAGAUUGGGGACUGAGCCUAAUUGAAGUGACUACUUGAAAAGCCAUGGCUCAGGUGCUAAGAACAGAGUACUACAGUUGUUGGGUUGCUUCCUACAUGGGCCACAUCUACUGAGGAUGGCUUUGUAUAAAAUAUUUCUGUCUGUGAAAUGUACACCACACUGACACACACGCAUACAUACACACACACCAACUUGGAGUCCCUACUUCCGGUUUUCAGGGGAAACGCAAGUUAGGUUGAAAAUACUGUAGGAACAUCCACUUUCUGCCAAUGCUCCUAAACGUGACACACACGCACGGACGCACACACUGUGAUGGGCCAGUGUGUAGUGCAAGGCCAAGGCCGCUGCUCUGUGCCAGAAUCCUGCUGUACUCUUAACCACUAAGUGAACAGCAUGGUGUGUGAGUGUGUGUGUUCGAGUGACUCCGCUGACUACACUCAUGCGCAAUGACCUGUUUCCAAGGCUCGAGAACACUACAGUCUCUAGAGAGUGUACAUGCAUAUGAGUGCACAAAAAGUGUGUCUGAGAGGGGGUCGAGGAGAAGAACAUCAAUACUUAAUCUUGGCUGUUUGCUACACAUGCACGUGACUAAGGAUAGUAUGUUCUACUACUGGCUGGAGAGAGAGGGAGGGGUGGAGGAGAGUGGAAGGGAAAGACUGGAAACUGUUGAUGUGCAUUUAAGACAUAAUAGUGAAUUAGGGCUCACACAACCUUGAAUAAAAUGCCAUAAAGUGUCAUAUUUUAGGUGAUCCAAAUGUCCUCAAAAUUGGUAGCCUACCAUGUUACCUUGAACAAAACUGAUUUUAACCUCUGAGUCGUGCUAAUGAAUAUUCAUGGAACAAUGGACAAGUUAGGGGAAAAAGGUUUUACUCCUCCCCUUCAUAGACCCUGUCUCUGCAGGGUCCUAUCGUCAAAGACAGGUUUCAUCCCUCCAGUGUUUAGAGAUCCAGGAGGCCACCGCUGAGCAGAUCAAUCCCAGGGACAGAGCUUCUAAGUGGGGGGGGGGGGGGGGGGGGUGGAAUCACACACCUGUCAGACAAGACAUGGAGAGGGAACAGAAUGGCAUCGGGAAGAUUCUAAAUGUGAUUGUAUCUUACAUUAUUUUGACAAUGGAAACCUCUAGAAAUCUGUUGAAUUCUGAAUGUCAAACUGAGCCUCCUGAAUGAUUAUUUUUUUCAAACUGCUUACACACGUUUUCAAAACUCUACACACAAUUCCCAAAACUGCACACACAAAAUGCCUCACAUCUCCUUCAAAAUGUAACACUGCAUUCAAAAUGCCAUAAACAUGUCAGAAUGAAGCAUUUGCAUCAAAUGGCAAAAACGUAUUUCAUAAUAGUAAAUGUUUGGAUAUACCAUGUAAACACUGUUGUUCUCAAUCUAAAUCUCAGUCACCAGUGCUAAGCUACGCUUCAUCUCUUCUCCGGGCUGGGUCUGGACACAAUACUUCGUCCACAUCACAAGAUACGUUUUCUCUUGCUAAACAUCGAGGGAAGUAUCUCCUAGCAUGGCGUAUCCAACCUUGGACAGAGGCAACCUCUAUGUCCCCACAUGCGUCCUCCAUUGCCUGGAGAAGCGGCAUGCGGGCAUAGGGUUGGCGAUCAUACACUUUCCAGCGCCAGGCUGAGAAUAAUUCCUCUAUGGGAUUUAGAAAAGGUGAAUAUGGGGGUAGGUACAAAACUACAAAUUGUGGAUGGGUGGCAAACCAGUUUUGGACCAGAACAGCCCGGUGAAAACUAACAUUGUCCCAUAUAACCACAAAUCUAGCAGGCUCCUGAUCUGGAACAGGGACAAGCAUUGUGUAAAUUGCAUCCAGAAAAGUGAGCAUAUGGCCGGUGUUGUACAGACCCAGUGUGGCAUUGUGAUGGAGGACCCCGUUUUGAGUGAUGGCAGCACACAGUUAUAUUACCCCCACGCUGUCCAGGGACAUUGGUAAUUGCCCUCAGUCCUAUUACAUUUCUUCCGCAGCGCCUGGUUUUAGUGAGGUUGAAGCCAACCUCAUCCACGUAAAUAAAUUAAUGGAGAAUUACAUGGGCAUCCAUCUCCAAUACUCUCUGUAACAGACAAAAGGAUAUAUAGAUGAGUAAAUAUGGUAUGUCUGAAGUACUGUUGCAUACAUACCUCUACAAAGUCAUGUCGCAGAAUCUAGACUGUCAGAGUUUCUCUCAAAUGGCACCUUGUAAAGUUGUUUCAUCGUCACUUGGUGCCGUUGGAGGAUGCGUUGUAUGGUCGACAGGCUUACAGCAUUGAUGUUGUUAAAUAUGGUGUCAUUAUUCAAAAUAUGCUCUCUUAUCUUUCGAAUCCUAAUUGCAUUGUUGGCUAAAACCAUAUUUAUAAUUGCAGUCUCUUGUACAUCUGUAAACAAGCAUCCUCGUCCUCCAUGAUGUCUUUGCCUUUCCACUCUGUACAGAAUUCAAACACAGUAUGUGUUCAGCAUAGGAACUGUAAACAAUGUACAACAAAAUGUAGUACAGCAUGAUAACCAACCUCAUUCAUUCAAUGCAGUGCAGUAAAUGAAUGGCUUAGAGUUACAAAUGUUUAUGCAAUCAUACGUAUUUUACAGUACAUUACUGUAAUGCUAAAAUAGUCAUUAGAUAGUUGCAUACCUGUUCUCAUUUCUGAAGGUUCGAAUUAUGGACGCCACUGUAAAUCGACUCAAGUUGGGCUGGACUCUCAGUCCAGCCUCUCUCAUGGUCAAACAGUGGUUGAUCACAUGAUCAACAAGUGUUGCCCUAAUCUCAUCAGAGAUGGCUCUCCUUCCUUCUCUUCUCUGCCCUCGUCCUCUUCUUCCUCUUCCUCCUACUCCUCUUCCAACUCUUCGUCUUUGAAUUUGUCCUCGUUGUUGUCCCCUGCCUCUCCCUCCUACUCCUCUUGCUCUCUGUCCAUUGUUGGCAUCCAUUGUUCAAAACAGGUAAUCUGACCUUUGACCUAUUUAUAGGCAUAUACUACAGUAAAGCAGUGAUUGGUUAGUGAUCAGUUAAGCAAUUAGUGUUUGCACAUGUGCGGAGUGUGUGUGUGACCUGGUGAAUAAAUGUAGCAUUUUGAUUGGUUGUGUUUGGAAAAGGAAAGUUAGUCACUUCCUGUUAGAUUUUUGUGUUUUAGGUAGAGAAUUGUGUGUUUUUUUUUUGUUGAAAAAAGUGUUUUAUGCAAUUGACAACUGAGUCAAAGGCUGAGAAAUAGCUUAUAGUUUUGGAGAUUUGGUGUGUAGUUUUGCACUUUGAGAGAGGUUUCAAAAAUCUUGUGACAUAAAAAGAUUUUGUGUGUAAGCAGUUGGAAAAAACUUUAGUAAAAUGCACAGCUUUACUAUACAUAGUUUUUUGCCACUGUACUGUAGGGGUACUCUACUCCUGGAGUUGACCUGCUGAUGUUGAAUGUACAUCGUGAUAAAAAAAAACGUGGUGACAAAGUCUUCUGGAUGCUUAAUGGUUUCCUAUAAUAUGACAAGUGCUGUGAGCAGGGAGAGGGAUGUCCCUCUCUAUAAUUGGUCUCCUGGAGUGUGUGUGUGUGUGUUUCGGUGCGUGUGUGUGUUUGCGUGUGUGUGUGUUUGAGAGAGCACAGAGGCAGCAGUUGAUGCAUGGGUUUUCUACCGCAUUUCAUCUACCCAUUCCAAAUUAAAAGAACAUGCACACACAAUUACGCAGACAAUGACACACGCAGAUUCCAUAUGUGUUAUUUCAUAGUUUUGAUGUCUUCACUAUUAUUCUACAAUGUAGAAAAUAGCAAAAAUUAAGAAAAACCCUUGAAUGAGUAGGUGUUCUAAAACUUUUGACCGGUAGUGUACAUAUUGCCUCAAUUGCCUCGACUGGCCAGUGCCUCCGCACAUUGACUCUGUACCGAUACCCCCUGUAUAUAGCCUCGCUAUUGUUGUUUUUUUGGGAUAUUCUUUCUUAAAACUGCAUUGUUGGUUAAGGGCUUGUAGGUAAGCAUUUCACUGUAAGGUCUACACCUGUUGUAUUCGGCGCGUGUGACAUUCUUUAUUUUAUUUUAUUUUAUUCAACUCUAGGUUUUUAGCGUGCUAGCAUUAACAUGAUGUGAUUAUAGGGCUAUUACAGGAGAGGAACUGCAUUAUUGAACAGACUUGUUAGGUAGAGGAUGCUGUGCUGAUUCCUUAUGUCUACCUCUGCUUACCUGAAAAACACACACACACACACACACACACACGGAAGCAGACACACAAACAUGGAGGCAGGCACAUGCACAACUCAGGGCAGGGUUGCACUGCUUUCAUGUUUGUCACCAAAAGUGGGCUCUACAGCACUGACUAUAGGUUCCUGUGAGAUCGAUGUAAUUUGAACAGAGAUGUGCGUUCCUAUGUGUGUGUGUGUGUUUGUGCAUGCGUGAUAAGGACUCAAUAGGGUCCCGGGAGAGAGCAACCACAUGUUUGGUUAAGAAGAUCAAUCAUAGAGCUGUUAAUUCUACUCUGUGUUUUAAAUUACAUAUCGAUCUAUACCCUGCAAACACAUAGCCCUUCCCUUAACCCAUGGAUCCCUCCUGAGAGACAGGGAGGACUAUACAUUUACACACAGCCCCAAUGAUAUAGCCUAAUGACACACACAUUCACAGCAACACACACGCUAUGUUAGGCUAUGAAUGGAGGGUGAGAUUGGGGAAGGGUGAUGAGAAAGCAGAGGAAGGGAAAGGGAGUGGAAGUCUCUCUCUCUGGUCAGAGUAAAUAGCAGACUUAGCUCUGUUGGGACCAAUUAGAGAAUAGAGCUGGCACUCAAUGGAGCCUCAUAUAUCUUCUGUGUGUGUGUUUAUGGGUCUGUGUGCAUGUUUGUGCGUGUGUGCUUGUUCGUGUAUGUGCUGAUGAAUUGUCAAUCUAUAUGCAACCAAAAUCCCGACAUUUUACAACUGAUCGUAAAAAAUAAAAUAAAAUAAAAUCUUUCUCUUCCUCUUUCAGGAUAGCUGUACCAGAGUUCUACUGUUUCGGGGAGCGAAUAAAGAGAUCAAGAACUACAACAGCCAGACAGCCUUUCAGGUGAGACUCUCCAUCCUUCAGCUGGCCCCUAUCAGACAUUACAUUCUAGUUAUACAGCACAUGCACACGCUCACACAGUGCCAGAAAUCAGAAACACACAUUGCUAUCAGACAUCUGUUACAAGCAGCCUUUUAAUGAAGGAAUACUAAUGUGUGAAAUAUGAAUCAGAGAGAGAGAGAGAGCAAACAAAAGGAAAAUGCUAGUUUUGUUGUGUAUGUGUGUGAGAGAGAGAGAGACUGGAGAGGGAACCACAGAGUAAUGCAGAUGAAGAUGGGAGAGAUAAAAGCUGAUGUUGAGGGAGGGAGAAGGUGGGGUUUGGAUGGAAUGUGUUCCCCUGUUGCCUGUUAGCUGUUAGAAUAGAUGUAGUAUACGUCUGAUAAUUGGUUCCCAAAAUGUAUUUUCUUGAAACAACAGAGGCUAAUGUUUAUUCCAGACAGACGCAGAGACUGAGACAGCAGGUUUCAGCAGAGUUCUGUUCUCCCCCAUGAGAAUGGCAGUUUCCUAUGGGAGCCUUGUUUUACAGAACACUUGUGUUGAGAAGCAGGAUACUAACCUCUCUUUGGGAAAGGAACAAACACACAACAUAUGUGACUUAUUCCUCUCCUUCCCUCCCGCCACUCUUUUCUCCUUCCCUCUCUUCCCCCUCCCUCCCCUCUACUCCCUCUCUCCUCCUCCAGGUUGCCAUUAUAGCAGGAAACUUUGACCUGGCUGAAAUCAUCAAGAUCCACAAAGUGUCAGACGUUGGUGAGUAGACGACAUGCCAUGUGGUAUGUGGCUAACAGCAUGUGGUCACUGGACUUUAAUUGAGUCAAUCACACCUCCAUAGUGGUGCGAGAGGGUAAGAGAGUCCUCAGCCAAGUGACUGAAGCACUCGUUACUGUAGCCACUGUAAUCACCCACUCAGUAAUUAUCCCUGAUCAUGUGCACUUUCGUUGUGUGAUUCAGUUUACUGGGAGUCAAUUUGCUACGUGUGAAAAUUCUGCCAUCUAGUGUUUGAAGGAAAGAAUAUCCCAGAUUCCUAAUCCAAUGCAGUAAGAUGUACACAUAAAGCUAUGUAGUGAGGUACUACCUUAGGGAAUGUAGAAAGGGAAAGGGGGAUACCUAGUCAGUUGUACAACUGAAUGCAUUCAACUGAAAUGUGUUACGCAUUUAUCCCAACCCCUGUACACAUUGUUAUGUUGAUUUGACUAACAACAUGUUGUGUCACCCUCUAACAGUGCCUUUCAGGGAGACCCCCUUCCUACACUAACCGUAGACGUGUGUUGGUGGGAGGACUGCCCUCGCCCCGCUCCCUGAUGCGCUCCGCUAGUGACAACAACCUCAACGGGGACAGCGGUCACGGUCUGGUGCAGGGCCACGGUCGACAGGGUCAGUCUCCUGUCCCCUCUCUGAGGAGCCUGCCUGCACUGGGACAACACCAACAACAUGCCAGCCUGGGGGAGGUGAGUGAGUGAGUGAGUGAGUGAGUGAGUGAGUGAGUGAGUGAGUGAGAGAGAGAGAGAGAGAGAGAGAGAGAGAGAGAGAGAGAGAGAGAGAGAGAGAGAGACACACUGAGAGAAUGAGAGAGAGAGACACUGAGAGACUGAGAGACUGUGUGUUGUAUUCCAGACUCAUCAUGGAGAGGUGCCAGACAGCAGUCUCCAGAGCACAGGCAGCUCUCGCUCCUCCCACUCCCACUCUCCCUCGCUACACAGUCAUCUGCACGAGGGCGAGCAGAACGUCAGGAGGGCACACGGACACCCUCUGGGACACGUCCCUCGAGGACGCCUCAGGUGAGACGGACAAUCAAUCAUAUAUUGAAUAUAAUACUCCCUUGGAGGACAAUGAACUGUGCUGUUGUCUGAUCUAAUAGGCCAGCUCCUCCUCUCUCCUCCUUGUCAUUGUCUAUCCAGUGUCUUACUCAUGGUUCACACUGUGAGACUGUGA